AUGUCCGCCUCCUCCUCCAAGCCACAGCCGCCGCCACCGCGCCACCUCCACCUCCACGUCGACACUACUAGUGCCACCGCCGCCGCCACCACCACCAACGGGUCGCCCGCCUCUCCCGGCUCCGCGUCCUCCUCCCACCACUCCUCCAGCGCACCGCGGCCCGCCACCCCCACCGGCCGCGGCGGCGGGAGCGAGGGCACGCAGAACAGCUGGAGCGGGGCAUGCGCGGCGUGCAAGUACCAGCGGCGCAAGUGCAACCGGAACUGCCCGCUCGCCCCCUACUUCCCCGGCGACCAGCAGAGCCGCUUCAUCCGCGCCCAGCGCCUCUUCGGCGUCAGCAACAUGCUGAAGACGCUGAAACGGGUCGGACCCAAGUACGGCCUUGACGCCAUGCGCACCAUCAUCUACCAGUCCGAGGCUCGCGCGGCAGAUCCCGUCGGCGGCUGCGUCAGCAUCAUACAAGAACUGCGGCGACAGAUCCGCGACUCUGAGAUGGAGCUCCAGUUUGUUCGACAGCAGAUCGCGAUCUGUCACCAGCAGGCGGCCGCCACGGACUCCGGGCUCUCCGCCGACCCGGCGGCGAUGAUCCUACCUGCCGCUUCUUCCCCUGUGGUGGGACUGGUGGCUGCAGGCCAGCAGGACGACAUGGUAACUGUGGACGCGAUCUACGCCGCCAGUCAGCAGCCAUCCAUCCAGGCAGGUGAUCUACGCAAUAAUGAUCCAUCGUCGCACCAGCAGCAGCUCUACGAUUACUUCUGUUACAACAAUGGCACCGCCGGCACGAGCGACGAUGGGGGAAUGCAGCAGUACGGCUUAGCCGACGUCGUCGACAGUAGUGUCGCCAAGGCUGGGUCACCGGCCGUGGCCCUCGGCGAGCAGCUGGGGCAGCACUGCCAGAUACAGGCGUCGCCGUUCGUGGACGCGUUCAACGAGAAGAAGCCACAGGUCCUGCCGGCGACAAUACAACACCAUCGCCCUGCUGCUGCUGCCGGCGAUGUGCUGCAUCCACAACAGAAGAAGCUGGCCACGUCGGUCCUGGUGAAGCACGACGACGAUCUAGAUGAGCAUAUGGAGGAGCAGCAGGCGACAACAGAGGCGCCAUGCCACCUGGAGUUAGGCUUCUCCACUUUCUAA